GUUAGGCUCGAAACGCAAUCCGAUGUCAGCCCUCACUUUGACGGCGUUGACUUGGAAGCUAUCGAGGAAAUAUACCUCGCGUACAACACUUUCGGUGUCGGCGCGGCAGAAGCUUUGGGGACAAACCUGUCCAAGAUGAAGUCGCUCAAGGUCGCCGGUCUGUCAGACAUCUUCGGCACCAGGACGAUCGAAGAGAUCCCACAAGCCCUCACGUCCAUCUGUACUGGCCUUCGCAGCUGCCCACAGCUCGUCGAGUUGAACUUGAGCGGGAACGCCUUCGGUGCCCGUGUGGUUCAGCCGCUUGUCCCCCUCCUCACGCACCACCGAUCUCUCCAGAUCAUCAAGAUAUAUGACAAUGGCUUCGGCCCAGAAGCCGGCGCAACUGUUGCCAAAGCCCUCAUUAAGUCCGCCAGGCGCAGCCGGGAGGAGGGGGUGCCCUCCUCCCGGCUGCGCCUGGCGGACUUAAUGAGGGCUUUGCACCUGCGAUACCUCAGCCUCCGCGACACCUGCUCCACGAAUCUGCCAAAGAAGAACGAGGCGCCUCCUGCAAGACGCGGCUGGGAGUACCUUAUCGACGUGCUCGAGAGUACACCAGAGCUCGAAUUUCUGGAUCUCUCCGACUGCGUCUUGCCACAGCCUGCAGUGGCGGCGCUGACUGGGGUGCUGGCCGCAGGAAAGGUCCCGCGUUUACGGACACUGCUCCUCGAGAACAAUGAUAUCGAGGAGGAGCCCUAUGGCGCUCUGUCCGAUGCUGUGCUCGCCCACCUUCCUGCACUUCAUACCCCUCAGUUUGGCUGCCAACGACGAUCUGGAUAG